GAAAUAGAGGGCGUAGGCAUGAUAGAAUCAUGAAAAUAAAUAAAAACCUGUGCCAAUAAAUUUAAUGCUAUGGAUUUUGACACAGCUAAGAAAAAUAUACAGCCAUUGUGGCAUGGAAAACAAGCGGAUCUUCUGGAAAUAGGUUUAAAUGAGAAAAAUAAAGAAACAAUGGAAAUGGAAAAACGGCAACAUGAGGAAGCUAUAAAAAACUAUGAAGGAAAUGAUCCACUUGAUCCAUGGUAUGAGUACAUAUGCUGGAUCGAGCAAUCAUAUCCAAAAAAUGGAAAGGAAAGUGGUUUUGACGAAGUUAUCUUAAAUUGUAUUGUACACUUUGAACAUGAAACGAGAUACAAGCAAGAUCGCAGAAUGAUUAAGCUUUCCAUAAAAUAUAUCGAUACUCAAAAGAAUCCAAACGAGUUAUACAACCAACUUUAUCAAAACGGCAUCGGAACACUCGUAGCUGAUCUGUACAUUGCUUGGAGCUACUACUUUGAUGUUUUAAAUGAUUUCAAAGAGGUCAAUGCUAUUUUUCGAAGAGGAUUUGAUGCGGGAGCUCAACCUUAUCAGGAUUUGGCACAAGCCCAUGAUGCGUUUAUCAUUUCAAUUUCUAAGAGAAUACUAAAUGACGAUGAACUUUCUAGAAAGCAAUUCCAAACAUCAUUGGAGGAGAAACGUUCAGCAUUGACUUCUCUUCGAACACACAAGAAAAAAUAUGUCGGAAGCAUACGCACUGGAAAUGCCAUAAAGAAAGCGAAUCCUGGAGUGAUUAACCAAGAAAAUGUCCUGCCAAACGUUAAUAAAGCUGUGGAAGUGCUUGAUGAUGAAGUGUUGGGUGCUCCAUCACUCUCAAAUAAUGUUUCUGUAAUUAGAAGCAUCAUUGAUUGCUCAAAAACGAAGGAGAAUGAACACGAACCUGGCCCAUGGACAAAAGCAAAAGCAGGACAUUGUCAGAAACUUUUCUCUAAAACUGGCACUUUACAACUCAGCUUUCCAAUAAUGGAUGAUCAAGUUGCUCGUUUCAUUCAUGACGAGCAGCACGAAAACUUUCAAAUUAAUCUAAAAAACAUUUAUGCUUCAGAAAAAAUGUCACCUGAAGAGCUUCUAGGCGAGAAGUUUAAGCGCGGCAAAAUUAAAAUUUUAACAGAAGAUGAUUUUGAAGAAAUCAAAUCUUUUAUUCCUCGAAAAUCAGUCAUUCCAAAUGGUCUCUUGGCAGCUUCAAAGUUUGAGAAGAUUGAUCCCGUUAAUUUGCCUGCAGAGCCUCAAUCUCAUGCUACUGUAAACAAAUGGGUCUGGCGUGCUAAUUAGUUUCAUUUGUUCUAACAACUCAAGACUCUUCAUCCACUCAUCAGUGAGAGUUAAGCCUAAAAUUGUGUUCUCAGCUAAUCCAUCAUUUCAUGCUUUUGCAAAA